AUGCUGCGGGGGGCGCUGCAGUCUCGUGUGCGGCUGCCCCUGCUGUUGCUGCUGCAGCAGCUGCUGCUGCUGCUGCUGCUGCAGCAGCAAUGCAGCGGCCGCAUCCUCGUUGGCUCCUCAGGCGCCUCUUCGACUUCCCCUCAUGAGGCAGCCGCGUCAGGAGCAGCAGCAGCAGCAGCAGCUGCUGCUGCUGCUGCUGCUGCAGCAAACCGCCCGAGCGUCGUCUCUGGGCAGCCGGGCGCCUGCCGAGCAGCAGAGGCGCCUGCUGCCGCAGCAGCAGCAGCAGCAGCGCCCGCAGCAGCAGCAGCAGCAGCAGCGCCUGCAGCAGCAGCAGCAAAAGGCGGCGCUGCAGCUCGGGCGUGUUUGGGAUUUUUCAGCCGGAGCCCGCGCUCCGCGCAUCUGCAGCAGCAGCGCAGCAGCAGCAGCAGCAGCAGCAGCAGGGCGUUUGGGCUGCUGCAGCGAAGCUUGUGGGGCCGGGAGCUGCUGCGCUGCUGCAGCAAAGUGUACAGGGCCUACGUGGGAGUUCCUGCUGCUACUCGCUGGUGGCUGUCUGCUGCUGCGCUGCUGUCGCUGCUGACGGCCUGGCCGCAGCAGCAGCCGCUGCUGCAGCAGCAAACCCUUUGCAUGCACUGGGGGCGUGUGGGGAGGGCCCUGGAAGUCUGGAGGCCCCUCACGGGGGCCCUUUACCAGGGGCCCCCCUCUUGGGGGACUUUGCUGCGGCUUGCUGCAGCAGCAGCAGCACUGCAGCAGCUGGAGGCGACGGAGCGGGGGGCGCUGCUGCAGCAGCCGCUGGACGCUGCUGCUGCUGCUGCGCUGCCUGCUGCGCCGGGGCGGCGGCUGCAGCAGCAGCAGCAGCGGCUGCUGCUGCUGCAGCGCGAGCUGCAGCGCCAGUGGCGCGACCCCCAGGAGUUCGCUGCUGCUGCUGCUGCGGCCUCCGGCACUGCCCACCUGCUGCAGUUCCUGCUGCUGCAGUGUUUGCUGCUGGCAGCAGCAGCGGGGCCCCUCAAAAUGCCCUUCUAUGGGGGCCCCCUUGCUGCUGCUGCUGCUUACCUGCUGAGCCGCAGCAGCCCCCACACUCUCGUGCUGCUGCCGCUGGGCUUCAGGGCCCCACACUGGCUGCUGCCCUUCGCAGCAGCAGCAGCAGACGCGCUGCAGCAGCAGCAGCUGCGCGGGGCCCUGCCCGCGCUGCUGGGCAUUGCCACGGGACACGUCUUCUACCUCCUCAAAAAAGUCAUUCCGGCGAAGACGGGCAUUCAGGUGCUGCCCUUUCCCGCGCUGACUUAUCGUUUGCUGCUGCAGCAAAAGGCAAGAGCAGCAGCAGCAGCAGCUGCUGCUGCUGCUCCUCCUCCUCCCAAAAUAAGCAGCAAAUAUCUAAAGUGA